AUGGACGCUAAUGAAAAUGACAUGGUAGCAAAAGAAAAGCUGAUACAGGAUGACCAUGUGAGUGAAGAAGAGGUGGAAUUUGUAAGUGAGGGACCUUCAAGACCUGUCCUGGAAUGUAUUGACCUGGUUAGUGAUGAUGAUUCACAGACUUUGUACCAGAAUAGAAAAGCUAAAAAUCAUGUUGUCCAUCCAAUGGAAAAAGUGGCUGCAACCCUCGAUCGUCUUGCACGCCGUGUUGAGGCAGAGAAACAGAAGCAAGCAGAGAAAAGCAAAGCAUUUCAGGACAAGUUAAACUCCCAGCGUGCACAUGGGUUGCAAGAGUUGGCGCUUAACAAGGAUCGUCCUGGUGCAAGUGAUGCAAAAAUGUGUGUAAACCAGUGGCUCAAAAUGCCAGGUCUUAAGCCAGGUAAUGUGAGCUCCAGCCGCAGAACUUUCUCACAGCCAAGGGAAAUAGGCCCUAUAAACACAGAACCAAUCACUUGUCCUGUGAUGUACUGUAACAGAAAAUUUGACAACCGACAACUGCUGCUUGGUCACCUAAAAAGGUUUGAUCACUCCCCUUGUGAUCCAACUAUAUCUCUUCAUGGAGUGAGUGAUAGCUCAUAUGUUUGUCUUGUGUGUCAGGAUCGAUUUGUAACCACCAAAGAAUACACUUCUCAUUUGGCUGCAAAGAUAAAUUUGGAUGAUGGCCAUCAGCAAACUCUUCCUCCAUCAGUUAUCCAGUGUUUUGCUUGUCCUAGAUGUUUUCUUCUUUUUAACCAAAGAGAUGAAUGUCUGAAGCACAUGUCUGCAAACAAUCACUUUGUGCAAAGCAUCACAGCUAGUGGUGAAAAAGGAGUUUCAUGCCCAGUCCCUGUUCCAUCCUAUGCAAAGAGAGUCUUGACUGCACUUUGUAAAGACAUUCCAUUUCAGGUUGUUUGUACGUCUUGUCGAUGUGAGCUGCGCUCUCACAUGGAAAUAACUGCACACUUCAGGACGCUAUGUCGAAAUGCUGGUCCUGUUUCAGUUUCCGAAAAAAGCAUAGCUGAUGUUGCAUCUGUUUUCCAGCUAAAAGCUGUCUGCCUGACUUGUAAAAGAGAUCUGAGUGAUGAAGCACACAUUGCAAAACAUAUCGCAAAAACAAGUCACAAAGUCAAGCGGGUUUUUUCUGUACAAGAGUCCAUUCUAUCAUUUUGCUACCUAAAUGAAGGUAUAAGAACACCUUCUGAUUUCUGCUUGUUGGCUUCCAAUGCUAGAUUGAAACACUGCAUGCUUAAAAGAAGCUUAAACGAUACGGACGACAGUGGUGUUUUGUCAAAACGCAAACCGCAAAGUGAAACUGGUUCUUUAAAGAAAGAGAGUGAUAUAAUGGUGACUGCUUGGUUUUGUGAAUGCUCUCAACAGUUUCCAGCUGAGAAAGAUGCUGAAAAACACAUUAUGGUAGCCAAUAGGAUUUCUCACAAGUGCAUGGUUUGUGGUAAGCUUGCUGAUGACACUGCCAUUAUCCGCCUUCAUAUGUGCCGAUUUCAUGGUGGUGCACGUUUGGACAGUUUUCUUUUUUGGUGCCAGAUGUGCAGGAUUGAGCUGGCAAGGAUUGAAAAUGUAUUGACCCAUAUUAUAGAUUGCCAUGGUGGUCAUUCCUUUUACUAUGAACAGGAGGUGCCUGAGGAGCAACCUACUUCCUUAGUGGUUGAGAUGAGAUCUGAAAGUCCAGCAAGUAACCCAUCCCCAUCACCACAGCUGUCUGCUGAAGGAUUGUGGCAGUGCCAUAUUUGUGAGGAGACGUUUGAUGCUGAAGAAACAGUUAUACAACACUGCCAAUCCUUAAACAUUCACCAAUUUCAUAAAUAUUGCUGUAACACCUGCAAGAAGAAGUUUCAUAAAUUGGAGACAUUACUUAGGCAUUGUCAGCUUCAGCAUGAUGGGAACAUAAAAGUGAAAUAUUUCUGUGGGCUUUGUGAAGAUCUUUAUUUUGAUGAUGAAGUUGCCUUCCUUGACCACUAUGAGAGUUUUCACACUUUGGACUAUAGUUUUGUACCAAACCAGGGGCAGUCAGAUAUUAAAAUUCCAGAGGUGACAUUGACCACAUGCAGUGAACAUGAAAAGCAGCUGACUUGUGGCUGUCUGGAAAAUUAUUCUCUCAAAGUGAGAAAGAAGACAGAUAGGAAACUCUGCUUGAAUAGACUGUUUGGGAAAGGAAAACUUUGGUACAGCUGCUGUUUAUGUCCAGCAACUGACCAAACAAUUAAAGGCAUCAAUUCACAUCUUUGUAAGAAGGAAGGACAGUCCAGUGGCAUAAAGUUUGUUAUUAAAUGCAGCAUCUGUUCAAAAUCUUUUGCACACCCAGAAGGUGCUCAGUCUCACUACCAUAUGAAACACUGUUUUCUGAAAGAGCCAAGUAACAAUUAUAAUUUCAAAACUGAUGGAUCCACAGGUGAGGUGUUUACGUUUACAGCUAGUGAUACCUCUGUUAAUAAACCAUCAUCAAAACUGAAGCACAGCCAUGAAAAAGAAUUAUGUCACAAGGCUGAGACAAAAGAUAAAAAUCUCUGUGACAAAAGCCAACCAGAAACUGAAGCUAUGGAGAUACAAAAUAUUGACACAGAACUGCAUGAUUGUGAAUUACCAGAUUUGGAUUUUCUCAAAACAAUGACCCACAUUGUUUUUAUUGACUUGGACAACUGGGCCCAGUUUUUUUCUCAUCUGCCAGGAUACCUAAACCAGGGAACAUUUGUGUGGGGUUUUCAAGGAGAGAAGAGUGCAUGGAAACCUCCGAUGGACUGCAAAUUUUUCAAGCAUCUUUCUAAUACUGGUUGUUUUUUCCUUCACCCUCGCUGCUCUGAUCGUUUACAUUUUGCCAUAUGUAUUCAUGCUGGUCGUUCAGAUGAGCUGCUUCCUAAGCAAAUUCCUUUUACUGUUCUCUCUGGUGAUGAAGGUGUCAUGGAAUUGGAGAACCAGUUCAAGAAAACUCAGCGUUCAGCUCAUAUCCUAUACCCUCACCAUAUGGGAGGAGAUGUGAUGUGUGCUUUACUUAACAGCAUAUCAGAAACUACACACGGCAUACUUGAUGAAGACAUGGAAAUAAAUUCCAUGGGACAGGAUGAAGAUGCUGCUCUUAAAGAAGCAAUGAGAAGAAGCCUACUGGAAAUGUAG